GCAUUCUAUCCAGUUGUCUUACUCUUCUCUCGAAAUUCCAUCUUCAUGUUCACAUCCUUGAUCCACAAAAUUCGCUAAUUUACGAACAGACCACCAGUUGAAGUGUUUAAACCCUUGUGGCGUCUUGCCAUGGGGUUGACAAAGCAGUACCUACGUUACGUCCCCAGCGCCGUGUUCGGAGUGAUCGGGAGUCCCAAAGCCAACAUCGCCUAUGUUACCAUCAGGGGAGGCGAGAAGGGACGGUUUGUUGCAGUAGCAGCCUGCGAACAUGUCUUUAUAUGGGACGUGCGAAAAGCAGAGAAGGUGCUGAUUCUUGAAGGGAAGAAGCAUGAGGUGACACACCUGUGCCCGUCGCCUGAUGGCAUACACAUCGCUGUGGGGUAUGAAGAUGGCAGUGUGCGCAUCUUCAGCCUGCUCAAUGGGGAAAGCAAUGUCUCCUUCAAUGGCCACAAAACUGCAGUCACAGCAGUCCAGUAUGAUUCACUAGGUGCCCGCCUUGUGACUGGAUCACGGGACACUGAUGUGAUUGUUUGGGAUGUGAUAAAUGAGUGCGGUCUGUACAGACUUAAAGGACACAAGGAUGCCAUUACUCAAGUCCUCUUCCUAAGGGAGAAAAACCUACUGGUGACCAGCUCAAAAGACAGCUUUGUGAAAUGGUGGGAUUUGGAUACUCAGCAUUGUUUCAGAACCAUGGUGGGACACCGCAGCGAGGUGUGGGGGUUGGCUCUGCUCAACCAGGAGAACAGACUGCUGACGGGCUCGGCGGACAGUGAGCUCAGGGCCUGGGACAUCACCUACCUGGACGAGGGGAAAGAGGUGGGAGAGCCUCAACAGAAGAAAGGGAAAAGUCUCCUGGAUGAUGAGGACGAUGAUGGCAGUGACGGAGGUGCUGACAAUGAACUGGAAGAGAGGAUCCUAAGCUGUAAGAAGGCCGGUUCUAUCCUCCGAGAGGGUCGGGACAGAGUGGUGUCUCUCAUGACCGACCCCAAAGCCAGAGUCCUCCUGUGUCACGGUACUGAUAAUGGUCUAGAGGUGUUCUCCGUGUUGCCUGAAGAAGAGAUCCAGAAGAAGAUGGACAAAAAGCUCAAGAAGGCCAAGAAGAAGGCCUUGAAAGCACAGGAGGCAGGGGAGGAGGCGGUGGAGCCCAGCGUGGAGAGGAAGCUGAGCGACGAGAUCUUCCGACUACUCACACUCAGGGCAUCCGCCAAGAUCAGGUCUGUGGACUGCCUGUCACUGCCCGGCGGUGAGCUGAGGCUGGCACUGCUGCUGCAGAACAACACAGUGGAGACGUACUCGCUCCGGCCCAGUGACCAGGUGCCCGCUGGCGACAAGACCUCGCGCCUGACGCUGGGCGGCCACCGCACCGAUGCCCGCACGCUGGCCUUCAGCUCUGAGAACACGGCCAUCCUCUCGGCCUCGGGGGAGACGGUCAAGGUGUGGAACAGGUCCACUCUGCAGGUGGUGCGCACCAUGGCCUGUGAGUACGCCCUCUGCUCCCUCUUUGUCCCCGGAGAUAGACAGAUCAUCCUGGGAUCCAAGACGGGAAAGCUCCAGGUCUUUGAGCUGGCCUCAGGCAGCCUACUGGAAACGACAGAUGCCCACGGUGGUGCGUUGUGGUCCAUGUGCCUCGCACCUGACCAGAGGGGCAUCGUGACUGGUGGUGCAGACAAGACUGUGAAGUUCUGGGACUUUGAGCUGAUCAAGGACGAGAAUUCUGGACCAAAGAGGUUGACACUGAAACACAUGCGCACUCUGCAGUUGGAUGAGGACGUUCUGUGUGUGCGCUUCAGUCCAGACCACCGGCUGCUAGCGGUGUCUCUGCUCGACUGCACCGUCAAGGUCUUCUACGUGGACACACUCAAGUUCUUCCUGUCUCUAUAUGGACACAAGCUCCCCGUCCUCUGCAUGGACAUUUCACAUGACAGUGGAUUGAUAGCCACGGGCUCAGCUGACCGGAAUGUGAAGAUCUGGGGCCUGGACUUUGGUGACUGUCACCGCUCCAUGUUUGCACACGAUGACAGCGUCAUGUUUCUCCAGUUUGUCCCCAAGACCCAUCUGUUCUUUACGGCGGGGAAGGAUAAGAAGAUCAAACAGUGGGAUGCCGACAAGUUUGAGCACAUCCAGACUCUGGAGGGCCACCAUCGGGAGGUGUGGUGCCUGGCCAUCAGUCCCAACGGGGACCACAUCGUGUCGUCCUCCCAUGACAAGUCCCUGCGCCUGUGGGACAGGACCAGAGAGCCCAUCAUCCUGGAGGAGGAGAAGGAGAUGGAGCGGGAAGCUGAAUUUGAGGAGAGCAUGGCUAAAGGAGAUGAGCCAGUGGUUCCUGGAGAGACGGCUGGUGAAGCAGCACCUGCUGGGAAGAAGACCAUCGAGACGGUCAAAUCCGCCGAGCGCAUCAUGGAGGCUAUUGAGCUUUACAGAGAAGAGACACAGAAAAUGGAGGAGCAUGAAGCAGCCUGCAAGGCAGCAGGGAAACCGCUGCCUCCUCUAAAGAUGAACCCCAUUCUGGCCGCCUAUGGAGACAUUUCUCCCUCCCGCUAUGUACUGGAUGUCAUUAAAAAAGUUCGCUCCAGUGAGCUGGAGGUGUCUCUGCUGGUGCUGCCCUUCCCCUAUGUGCCUGACCUGCUGAAGCUCUUUAACUGCUAUGUGCAGGACGGCCUGGAUGUGGAGCUAGUGUGCCGCUGCCUCUUCUUCCUGCUCAGGAUUCAUUUUGGGCAGAUCACUAGUAAUCAGAUGCUGCUGUCUGUGAUGGACGAGCUGAGGGCCAACACCAUCUCUAAAGUGAAGGAGAUCCGGGACGUUCUAGGGUUCAACAGCGCUGGACUCCAGUUUCUGCAACGCGAGAUUGAGAACAAGGAGGAUGUGAUGUUCUUCGCCGACGCCACCGGCCACUUUGCGGAAAAGAAGAGGAAGAGGAAGAAGAGGGAGCGUGCCAUCCUUUCAUUCGCAUGAAGAAAACAAACAACAAAAGUGUUCACCUGACUGGACUCUUCCAAUAGACUGCUUUUCUGAAUGUGCAUCACAGCGCAGAAUAUGUUUUUUUUUUUUUUACUGGAAGACCGGCCAUAUUUUGAUAUAUGAUCUGGAGAGUGUAUCAUGCUUUAAAGAAAUGCACAAAUGUCUUGAUCUGUACCACAGCUAACUGUAUAUGUGUUGCGAGACCUUUUAAAUAAAGUCUUUGUAAUAAAAUACAAAAGCA